UAAACAAAAUGGACUUGAAUCCAUUUAUUUAAACAUCUAACAUAGAUAAAAAUUCUCUAAUUACAGGAGGAAUUUUCAUUGUAAUUACAACCAUUUUAGGGAUAAUCGCAUUGCUUUAAACUUUUUGUGAACAUAAAAAAUAUAAUUUAUUGAGAGAGGCCUCAGUGGCUAUAAUAAUAGGAGUAUUAAUAGGUCUUUUUACCGAAUUCCCAUUAUUAUAGAAAAUUCAAUAUGACAAUUCUUCGAAAAUAUUUUUUUUUGUUUUGCUUCCAAUAAUAGUGUUUAAGGAAGGGUACAAUUUAAAUAAACAGCAUUUUAUGAAAAACUUCUUUUAUGUAAUAUUAUAUGGUAUAUUUGGAACAAUUUUCAAUUUUGUGAUUUUGGCAUCAUUAAAUUACUCUCUCACAAACACAAGUAAAAUUAACCUUAGAUUCUAGAUAUAUUUUGGGUUUAACCUUCAAACAGUAGUUUAAAUGACUCAAUGAAUAAUUCCCUAUAUGCAUAAGCUUUCUAUUCAUCUUGUAUUACAUCAAAAGAUAGUGCUGUUUCUUUAAGUGUAUUGGAAUUUGAACAUGCUCCUAAAUUACAUAGUAUAAUUUUUGGAGAACAAAUCUUAAAUGAUGUUGUUGUAUUUGCUAUAAGUAAAACUGUUGAGAAAUUUCAUGACGGAAAGGCAGGAUAAGAUGAAAAAUGGUAUAAUGUAUUCAUAUUUAUUGGAUGGAUUCUAGCAAAUAUUUUAGUUGGUUUAAUUGUAGGUUUCGUAGUGGGCUCUAUAGCAACUUGGAUUACUAAAGAAUCUAGAUUUUUAUCUGAACAUUCUUCUGUUGUUACUGCCUUUACUAUUUAUAUUGCUUACUUUUCAUUUUGUAUUUGUGAAGCUAUAGACUUUUGUGGUGUUUUAGCUGUUUUAAUUUGUGGUAUAAUGUUAUCUCAUUAUUAAACCUACAAUUUACCCAAAAUUUCUUCUGCUUCCUCUAAAAUAACAAUAAAAGCGCUUGCUUAUAUAAGUGAAACGAUUAUUUACUUUUAUAUUGGAUAUAUGGUUACUGAAAAUGCAAUUGUUCAACCUAAUGAUAAUGAUGCUGUAAAUGUGAAAUCUUAAGUCUACACAUUUUUUCUUGUUUAAUACUUUUUUUUUUCUCCAAUAGCUAAAUUAGCAUCUAUGCUUUUAGCACAUGGUUUUGCAAUUAUGUAAUUUCAAUUAUUAUUCUUAAUUAGAUUGAGACUGAAAACAAAAGGACCCUGGAGAAUUAAUAAGUAUGAGUUUUUCAUACUUUUCUAUUCUGGAUUAAUUAAAGGAGUUGUUGCUUAUGCAUUAAUUUGUGAAUAAGUAAUUGGUGGAGGAGAUUAUUAUAAAAUUAUUUAAACCACUACUUUAUAUAUGGUUGUAUUUACUACCUUAAUUAUUGGAGGAACAUUAAAAUAUGUUUGUGAAUGGGCUUAUAAAUAAAUGGAUAAGGAUACUUCAGUUUAUAUGUCAAGAGUUUAAUCAACAUAAUCAUAAGCCAUAAGACAAACUUUCAUUUAAGAAGACGUAACUAAUUAUAAAAGAAUUGAACAUAAAAGUGAAAAGUUUUUUAAAAAUUUUGAUGAGAAUUAUGUUAAGCCAUUUCUGAUUUAUAAUUAUAAUUAAAGAAAGGCUGAUAUUAUUUUAGCUAAAAAAUAUGAAAAAAAUAAACAUUAACGUGAAAAAGAAAAAGACUUCAAGAUGUAUGACGAUAGCAUAAGAUAAUAAAGAGAAUAACAUGAAUUGGAUAAUAAAAAAAGAAAAUAAUUACCAAAUAUUGAUUAUAGUGAUUCCGAUUCAGGAGAAGAUGAUGAAAACAAAGUUCAUUAAAAUGGCAACAAACCAGCUAACUUUUAAGGAGAACUAUCAGAUCUAAAAAAGAGUAAAUAAUUAAAUGCAGAUCCAAAAAAUGAUUGAUUUAAUCAAUUAUAAAAAGUUUUAUUGUUAAG